ACUGACUCGGGAGGGGAGGAGAACACGCCCCUCGGCCCCAGAAGUGCAACUUCAUUUAGCAGCUCCCAGUACAAGGAAACUGCAAGUCUGAAACCGGCUGUGGCUCUCCCAGCCGGCUUGGCUGCUCGCCACAGCAGGCAGAGACACCAGGAGGGUGUAAUCCAGCCUCGGUUUCUUCCUCGGCGGCAGGACUGUGGAACUUGGGACCGAAGAGGCAGCGGGAGCUGGGGUGGCCAAGCUGCUGCCCUGCUGCGUAUGGAACUUGUUUGAAGUCAUGUCCAGAAGGAAAGUCAACUAAAUUAAAUCAGCGCUUUGCAGGUAUAUAGAGAUGCAAUGGAGGUAGAGUCCAGCACAUACACCGACUUUAUUUCCUGCGAUCGGGCUGGUCGGAGGAAUGCUGUCCACGACAUCCAACGAGAUGCAACCACCAUCAGCAUGCGCAAGCUGACCGAGGACCUAGGUGACCUCGCCGUUGAAGGAGCAGAAAGCCAAAGAGAUGCCACUUCUUCUGAGAACGACCCUGGAGCAAGACCAAAGGGGCAAGAAAACAGCCCCUCCCCAUGACAGUGUACAGGGGGUGGGAUGGGCAGGAGGAGGGCUUCGUUUUGAACAUUAAACAAGAAUUUGCUAUUGAAUCUGCGGACAAAAGCCAACCUGGAACACCAAGUUGUCUGUCAAAUGCCUCUGCUGCAACCAUUUUUGUUUAGAAAGCCACAAGAUGCUGUGCAAGGACUGGCACCUCCAAAAGACUUCUGCUCCCAUCCCUAAUGAUUUAGCGCAACACUGCCAUGGUUGUAGUGAUAUGAGCCAUUCUCAAGAUGCCUUAGCUGCAAUUUUCCCCUAGGGGAAAAACAGAUUUCAGUAAUAAUAGACACAUGAGACUUUCCUGUCCAAGGUACCUUCCUCCUUUGCAAAUAUAGACUAUUAUUUAUUCUGUUUCCAUAGAUUAGAAAUUUAGAUUAUUGGUUUUUCUAAGCCUCACCCUCAUCGGCAUCUUAGACCUGACCUGGCCUCUGGACUGCCAUGUGGCCCCUUGUCAGGGUGGGCAGUGGGGAAGGGACCCGGCCAGUCCCACUGCCUUCAUGUCAAGCACCACUCACCUGUGCUGCUGCCACUUAGCAUCAGGAAAGGACCAAAGCACAGCUCUGUAUGGAUGAGCUCCACCUACAGACUCAGCAGCAUCAGCCACAGGCGUCUUUUUCUUCAGGUUUUAGCAUUUUACGAUACUGUUAAGGGGAGGGGAGAAACAUUUUGCUGGUUUGACUGUUGAAAUUCAGGCUUAACUUUGCAAGCUGUUAGCUGAGAUGAUCUCUGGUAGGAUCUCACACCGUUCUCUCUUUUAGGAGACAUGUUUUGUGUUAAAGAUGGUUUGAUAAAACUCUAUAAGCUGUUGGAAUAAAUAACACAGCCUUCAAAUGCUGAAGGUGUUUUUUUCUGCCUGGA